GCACAUGCAGGGCUGCCAAGCUGGCGCCAGUAUCUUCUUCCUUAUAGCAGCCAACCCAGAUGCAAACCAUGGAGCCUCGGGUGGGUUGGGCUCUAGGUGGAUACGCACAUUUAGCCGAAUAGCACCCGCUGGGACCCAGGGCAUGGCAGGACCCCUGCGGAGCCGGGUGGAGGAGCUGAAGCGGCCCUGGUGGAGGGAGAGCUCACCCCUGGUGCUCCAGCACAGCGAGGCUGCAAGACUGGCGGCAGAUGCCCUCCUGGAACGGGGAGAGGCUGCCUACCUUCAGGUCAUCUCCGAAGAGCGGGAGCUGCCCUUCCUGAGUGCCCUGGACGUGGACUACAUGAUCAGCCAUGUGCGUGGGGUUCCUGAGCUCAGCGAGGCCCAGGGGUCAGAGACCUUAGGCCAAGACCUCAGCAUGCUCUCUGAAGUUACCUCAGGCACCUACUUCCCUAUGGCUUCUGACUUAGAUCCCCCAGACCUGGACCUGGGCUGGCCUGAAGUGCCCCAGGCCACAGGUUUCAGUCCCACUCAGGCGGUGGUUCAUUUUCAAAGAGACAAGGGCAAGAGCAUCAAGGACCUGCUGCGAUUCCUCUUCAGCCAGGCCCAAACGGUGGUGGCUGUGGUGAUGGACGUUUUCACUGACAUGGAGCUCCUGUGCGACCUGAUGGAGGCCUCCAGCCGACGUGGCGUCCCUGUCUAUCUCCUUCUGGCUCAGGAGCACCUGAAGUACUUCCUGGAGAUGUGUUAUAAGAUGGACCUCAAUGGGGGCCACCUGGUGAAUAUGCGUGUACGGAGCACAUGUGGAGACACGUACUGCAGCAAGGCAGGUCGCCGAUUCACCGGCCAGGCCCUGGAGAAGUUUGUCAUCAUUGACUGUGAACAGGUGGUGGCAGGCAGUUACAGCUUCACUUGGCUAUGCAGCCAGGCCCACACCAGCAUGGUACUGCAGCUGAGGGGCCACAUUGUGGAAGACUUUGAUCGGGAGUUCCGAUGUCUGUAUGCGGAGUCACAGCCUGUGGAGGGCUUCUGUAGCAAUGAGGAUCCACUGAUGCCCCAGGUCCCUCGCCCUCCCCCUGUGACUCUGGCCUUUGGACCUGCAGUUCCAAGCGCCACAGGCUCCUCACCUUCCAGUAACAGCCUCAGCAGCAUCAAGCACUCCCCUCUUCUGGCCCGGUCUUCCUAUCUUGCUCUACCCGGAGGUGGUGGCCGCAAUGACAUGGGUAUGGGGUCCUCAUCCCCAGGUCCUGCCUACCAUGAAGCUGGUGGCCAGCCAUCCCUGUAUCGUCAACUUUCAGAUCCCAACCAUAUCUCCCCUCCUGGACCCUAUAGGGCCAACCUGAGCAAGCUGGGCGCAUCGCCAUGGUCCCAGUCCUCUCCCGCCCUCAACCACAGCAGUACCAGUCCUUUGACCCUGGCAGUGGGGUCACCUCUGCUCCCAAGUUCCCGCCCUCUCCUCCACUUUACUAGGGGGGUCCCAGCACUGUCCCGGCUUCCAGAGAAUGGGCUCCCAGCAAGCCAAGACCCUAGCCUUCCACGCGGCCGUUGGGUACCUGGCACAGCUCUGGAGACAGUGGAAGAGAAGAAAGUAUCCCUGAGCCAAAGCCAUGACCACCUGGAUCGCCUCAGCCCCUUCUCUAAAGCGGGAGAAGCAGGAGGUCCCAACUCUAGGGUCACCCCCGAUUCAAGUUCCCUUCAGCACCGUGAGCUGGCUCUAGAUGACAGGAGAUUGUCCCUGAGUCACAGCCACAGUCAGCUGGAUCUCCUGUCCCAGGGUCAGGGUGUUCUUGAGUCAGGUUCCCUCAGACCUGGUGAGCUGAGUCUAGAGAACAGGAAGCUGUCCCUAAACCAUAACCAUGGCCAACUGGACCUCCUGCCACAGAACCCCAAGCCCCAGGCUCCUAAGAUACCCUCCGAUGCCUAUUCUUCUGCCGGGCCCAGCAAGCCAAGUCUAGAUGACCGACGGCAGACCCUAGGUCACAGUCAAUUGGACCUCAUUACCAAGUUUGGCCCAUUCAGGAGUGAGGGACCUGGACCCAGUUGUCCCCCAGAACCAAGCCCAGUUCGCAUGGCUGGAGUAGGCUCUGCAGAUGAGAAGCGACUGACCCUGGGCCACAGCAAACUGGACCUCAUCACCAAGUAUCAUCAGCUGCAGGGUGCCAGGCAGAAACCUGAGCCGGGCAUCCCAGGGGCUCCCGUGAGUGGCCAUCAGAAUGGUAGUAGCAAUGACCUGUUUGCACCUGAGAAACGGCUGACCUUGGGCCACAGCAAACUGGACCUCAUCACUAAAUACAACAAGUCCAAAUUCAAGCAGCUCCGAAGUCGCUUUGAGUCCUAG